AUGCCAGAAUGUAGGGCUGCGCAAUUCCAUUUCUUUUCCACAACCACCAUGUUCCGGACAGCAGCGACAAAGAUCGCCCACAACUCGACUCUCGCAUCUCUCGGUGGCAACCAGGAACUUCGGCCGCUACAGGACCUUAUAACUGCGGAGAAAGGAGUCCUGAUAGCACUGCAAAAACUAAGUGUAGACUUCUCGAAGGCAUCGGAGGCGUUGCGAACGUGGGGUUUGAGCGAGGGAGACGAUCUCGGGGACAUCCUCAGUGCUUCGACAACCGUUCUCAACCACUUCUCAACUGCCCUUUCUCAGUAUGCAGCCCACGGCCAUGUCAUGCGAGAGCACCUCAAAGCCAUCAGGACGAGGGAAGAGAGUCUCGGAGAACUCAAACGACGGCGACAUACGGUGAUGCGGAAGGCUGAAGAUGCGGACAAGAAAGUCAGCAGAAUGGGCGCCGAACACAAGAAUCUCGCUAUGCAGACCGAGACGCUGAACCGUCUGCGAGAGGAGAUUCGCAUGAUGGACACGGACAUCAUGGCGGAGGAGGCAGCUUUGGGAGACUUCAAACGUACGGCGACGCGGAUGUGGAUGGGCCUGAAGUUUGGAGGACUGCUUGAAUGCUGUGAAAAGGGAACGAUUGCUGGAGAAUUCGGCAAGUUGAUCAUUGCUGAAAUAUCGGAGGAGAUCACACAGCCUGGCCUACCGCGCAGCAUGUACUAUGGCCACAGCAAGACAGAAUCCCUCUCCGCCGAGGCCCACCAGCGAAUCAACGAAGUUCAACUCUCAACAAUCCCAUCCGUCGGAUUCCGUGACCAUCGCCAAUACAACCAGCAUCAACAAGAACCUGCACCUUCCGGGGGUGACGGGUACAGCACCAUUCCUACACCAUGGUCGCCACCUGUCGAAGACAAACCACAACCUCCUCCGCCUCGGUUAAGCGACGAUUACGCUUUUACGAGGCCCUUCGCCCUAGAUGCCCCAGGUUCACCAUCUACGAGCACCGGUGCAUCACUCUCAACACCGCCAUACCAACAACCAGGAACCCUUUCUUCUUUCUCUCAACCUCAGCCGCUAUCGCCGCAUGCCCGAGGGGGAUAUCCUGAACGCCAAUCGCUGGACGACUUCGGAGUGAGCAUCCGCCCAGCUCCUCUGACUCUGCUGGAUGCCAACCCCGCAGGUGGUCGAUUCGCAACGUUCCCGGUGAAGACGCGUGCACCAGGCUCAGCUGGUGGCUUCACCCCCCAGGACCCGCCUUCGCUCAGCUCUCGCCACGAGAUCGAGCCGUCUUUCUCCGCCUCGAUUGCAGCAGCCCUGGACGACAAGGGUUCGUUGGAGACUGCGCAAGCUACAGAAGGGACGCACAAUACUCAGCCGUCAUCACCCUGGUCCGGACGAGUUGGUGCUGCACUUCCGCCUACGGUGGAUACAUCAGCGUCCUGGUCGAAUACGGGGCCUUCUCCUACCAUCUUCUCCGAAACGAGGUCACCUACUCGAGGACCACUCCCACCUCCGCCUGGCGCGGCUCCUCCUGAGUUGUCGAACCCUUGGGCAGGGGCGAAGGAGGAGCCUAACACGUUUAAGAACCGCACACAUGCUCGCAACCUCUCCGACAAUGACGAUGCCCUGCUUGCAUAUAUGACUGCAGCAGACGAAGAUUCACGGCUUUCGGAGGCAUCGUCCAGUCCAACCGCCAACAGGACAUUCCUCGGCCCCAAAGGUGCCGCUCCGCCUGCUACAGAAGAGGAACAGCAUGUCAGCAGGCAUGUUCGGUUUGGGCAGGUCGAAGACGUUGAUACCGAGAUGGAGAAGCGGGCUUCAGAAGAGGAGAAUGGGAAGGCUCCGGCUGCGCCUGAAGUUGCAGGCGAGAAGGAGAAAACUGAGAUACCACCAGUCAGCGAGACAGAUGGUUCUAGCACGCCUUCCAGCGACCACAACGUUGCCAGGACCGGACGUGUUCCACCACCGAUCUUUAAUCCUGAGGAAGAAGAAAAGGCCCUUAACGCCGCUGCGGCUCGCGAGAUCACGCUUGAGUUGGAAGCAAUCAAGAAUAACAGUCCCACUACUUCUCACCUUCCAGCGUCCCCAAGGCCUGGCCCACGUUCUCCAACGGAAUCGACAACAGAUCGUGGCCGACCAGUCAAUGCUUUGAACGUUCCACAAGGUUACACCUCGAAUACAGGAAGAGAUCCAUCUCCUCACUCUCCUCUAUCUCCUCCUUCUGCUCCAUUUGCCAAACGUUCUGUGUCACCUCAUCCUUACGCCGAUCUCAACUCCGGCCCCUCAGCAAGUUAUGCACCUCCGCAGUACACGCCUGCACAGUCGUAUGCUCAGUCAUACCAAACCUCAGGCCCAUAUGGAUCGCCUCCGAACACAAACAUUUCUCCAGCUCAGGCAUAUGCCCAAUCAUACCAGGCCUCUCAAUCUCACCCACAACUCCCAGAACCCCAUUCUCCGACCUCGAACCUGCCUCCAAGACUUCAAGCUCUGAACCAAUCGAUGGAAAAUCAGGUGCCUCCUCGGUUUCAUGGCUCUAGGACUUCACCCCCAGCCACAGCAACGCAGGCCCCGCCUCGAUUUCCGCCGGGUAAUUCCUCCCCGAUUCCGCCGUCAAUGAGCCUCCCAGAGAAGGACGACCUGAAGUACCCCCGCUCGCUGGGUAUCACGUCUGCGUUCAGCAAGUCGAACACGUCAUUGAACAGCGCCUCGGGCGUAACGCCGACAGGUGCGCGCACGAUUUCUGCGUCGGCGUUCAGGCGGCCUCGUGGGGCUAGCACGGACAACGUCGCGAGUGAUCCAUUCAAGAAGAGUCUGCCCAGUUCCCCGUACCCUACACGCGACCGAGAGCCGUCGGGGCUGAGUGUAGCCUCCACAGCAGGCCCGACAGGCACGGGUUCAGGCGCUGUCGCCACCAAUGGCUACGGGUCGAGUCUGGCUGCACCUGCGCCGGUAGGAGGUGGCGCAGGCGUUCGUCCGCUGAGCACUGCAGGGGAAGAGGAAGAUGAGUAUGAUUACAUCGGGGCGUAUGUGCACAGCAAUCCCAACAGUCCGAUGAAAGCCGAGUUUGGACCUAGUGCGGAUGCUCCCGUGGGUGGUCCUGGAAGAAGUGGUGGUGGUUACGCCGAGGGGCGAUUUGCGACGGAUCUAGAAGGGAAUGGGCUGCGCUGA